AUGGUUCUCGGAACGAUCCUGUCCGGAUGUCUGUUCAUCCUGCCGGCUGCUGUCACAACCGGCGUACUUGUUGGCUGGGAUGCCGUUCGCUCAGGAAGCAACCAAAAACCUCUUUUCACCGUCCCUCCAGGCGGCGGUGCGGGUGGCGGUCCUGGCAUGAAUCCUGGCAACAACCGAGGCGACAAGAUCGAAACCGACAUCUAUUGCGACAAAACAGUGGGCAUCUAUCCUUACGUUUCUAAGGAUCAUCAGCAAUACACACUCAAUCCCAAUCAGUGGGGUUGGGAUGAAGGUGAUCCGGGUGCGCUUUGUAUGAGCGUCACCACCUACCAGAACGGCAGCUAUCCAUCGAAGACCAUUGCGCCAAAAUGGUCCGUAACCUGGCAGUAUCCUCAAGGUCCCCCGACGCAGCCUGUGCACGCUUUCCCUAACAUCAAGCUCAAUGCCGACGACGAGACCGAGAUUCCUCUGAAGAUCAGCGACGUCGGCCAAAUCGCUGUCGAUGUUGAGUGGUACUACGGCACCGGCAACGGCGACCCUACCACCGUGGACAUUGCCGCGCUAACCAACGUCAACGCUGCAACCAACGUUGCAAUCGAUAUGUUCUUGGACACCAACGAGAAAUCCUCCACUGAUCCCGAGAAGGCCGAGUUCGAAGUCAUGGUCUGGCUCGCAGCCUUCGGUAGCGCCACAGAGCCCAUUGGUCUCGCGGAAGGCUCCAAAGCUAGCGAGGUCAUCAACGGUGUCACUUUCAACCUGUACUACGGCAAGAACGGUCUUGGUCAAACAGUCUUGACUUGGAUGGUUCCAGCCGGUACUAUUGCAAACAAUUUCAACGGUGACUUGUCGCCUCUCGUCAAGUACGAUUUCAGCACCCUGACACUGCCUGCCGAUAUCCCGUAUCCUAAACCCAACGCAUGGCUUGGCUACAUCGGCCUGGGUUCGGAAGCUCUGUCUGCCACGCAGAAUGUCACUCUAUCGGUACCUAAGUUGAGCAUGGAAAUCACCGCCUAG